AGGAGCCACGGCGGCGGCGGCGGCGAGUACACUCACCCGCACGCGAGCCAGCAGCAGUACAACGCGCCUCCUGCUUUCGGCAACCAGAGCCCGUACCCUCAGCAGCAGCAGCAGCAGCAGUACGGCGCAGGGCCGCCCGGCCCGCCGCCGACGCACUACGGCGCGCAGCCCCAGCGCUACGACGGGCCGCCGCAGUACCAGGGCGGCCAGUUCGAGAUGCACAUGGCGCCGCCGUCCAACAUGAGCGGCUACUACUCGAACCUGUCGGGCAAGCGCAAGGCGCUCUGCAUCGGCAUCAACUACACGGGCACGAGCUCGCAGCUGAACGGCUGCCACAACGACGCGCGCAACAUCUCCAAGUUCCUGUGCGAGCGGUUCAACUACAAGGAGGACGACAUUGUCAUGCUCCUCGACUCGCCUGGAGCGGCGCCCAUGAGCAUCCCGACUCGCGCCAACAUUAUCCGCGCCAUGGAGUGGCUCGUGCGUGACGCUCGCCCGAACGACUCGCUUUUCUUCCACUACUCGGGUCACGGCGGCCAGCAGCGUGCGACCGAGGGCGACGAGGCCGACGGCAUGGACGAGAACAUCUACCCGCUCGACCACAAGACGGCGGGCACGAUCGUCGACAACGACAUGCACCGCAUCCUCGUCACGCCGCUCCCGCAGGGCUGCCGCCUCACGGCCGUCUUUGACUGCUGCCACUCUGGCUCGGCGCUCGACCUGCCCUACACCUACUCGACCAAGGGCGUCCUCAAGGAGCCCAACAUGCUCGCCGACGCCGGCUCGGGUGCGCUCGGUGCCGCGACGUCGUACCUGCGCGGCGACAUGGGCGGCGUCUUCAAGUCGCUCACGAGCGUCGGCAAGCGCAUCAUGAACGGCGACAAGGCCACCGAGGUCACCAAGCAGACCCGGUCCAGCAACGCAGAUGUCAUUACGCUUAGUGGCUCGAAGGAUUCACAGACUAGCGCCGAUGCCAAUAUAGGAGGCCAGGCGACUGGAGCGAUGUCGUGGAGCCUCAUCUCGUCGUUGACCAAGUACCCUCCCAACUCCUUAACACGAUCCGCGACGAGAUCAAGAAGUACGAGCAGAAGCCGCAGCUCGCGUGCUCGCACGAGAUGGACCUCAACCUCAUCGCCGCCUUCUAGGCGCACGCGGCGUCCCGUACCGCGCGAGUCGGGCGGCUGGGCUCGCGCCGUCGCCGUCGUCGUCUCCACUUCUUCGUCCUCUCU